UUCGUGAUCAUGGUUUUGCUCAAAGUAUAUGGCAGUUUGGUUCAUUUCCGUUCGUUCCUAUUGUGCAAGGGAUUUGUUUGACGUUAUCCCAAGCUUAUAAUUGUAGUCGACUAUUUUUCGGAGAAUAGUUACAAUAGUGACAAGAUUUUAUCUCGAGGUUUUUCGAAGUUGUAUGCACUUAAUUACAUAUUAUUUGGGUUUAAUGUGACGUUAACAUAGAGGUGGUUUUCUUAUAUACGUACAAUGAUCGGGUAAAUCUGAUUGAGCUUAUAAUUACAAUCAAUUGUUUUGACAUAUUAUAGAUGUAGGUGAUAUAUAUAACACUGAAAUGAAAGCUUGACGUUUCAUGCGGGGUAAAUUAUUAUAUUUACCCUUAUUGCACAUUCGAUUCGUGUUUUAUGGUAAUAAUAUAAUGAUCACACUAUAAAGUAUUAAAAAAAAUGAAUAUAAUUCUCAAAAUAAAGUGAAAAACGUGUGGUGUUGACAUUAAGAAAAAUUACGAAAGAAUGUUAAUUUGAUCAGGGUUUCAUUUCUUUUUUGUUGAUUCUUAAAGUUCGAAGUUCAUUAUUUUCAAUGUGUACUUUUUUGCAAAACCAUAUUGUUAUUAUUUCUGGACAUAGUUCCAUAAAUGUUUUUUUUUUUUUUUUUUUUUUUUUUUAAUGAAAGCAACGAUAUUUUAGUCGUUCAAAAUGGCUGAAAAUUUCUGAAAUUAAAGUUGCAAUCAGAAAAACUGCAGUUAUUUUAUGUUUCGCAAGAAAUCUUGGAUAAUACACCAAAAUGUCAAAGACGAUAUUGAGUUGAUUAUCGAAGAAAGAAAAACAAUAGUGUGUGUGUGUGUGUGUGUGUGUGUGUGUGUGUGUGUGUGAAUGUGCGUUUGUAUGUGGAUGUGUGUGUGUAUCGCGUGCAAAGAAACGAAAAGGAGAGUGUGACUGGUUAAAGGGUGAAAGGAAUGUGUGACAUGUUCAUCCAAACUCAACAGAUCAAUAGUGUAAACAACAACACCGGUAGCAGUAAUAAUAUUACUGCUCAUAAUAAAAAGCGCAAAUUGGAUUAUAACGUUAGCCAUCCAACGAUUCAACACGCAUUAGUUCAAUCGUCUGGUGAUUAUCAGGUGGAUAGUAAUCAUUUGCAACGAUAUUCAGUAAGUGGUACAAGCGCCGCUUUCGUCACGCUACAUAACAAUGCACUUCAAAAAAGCCCUAAUCAGCAAACUUUGAUGCGAGCAUCCACAAUUAAGCUUUUAGAUACUUACCAACGUUGUGGCCAAAAGAGAAAAACUUGGUCAAGAGAAGGUAAUGACGUCCUGGCAGUUCAACCUGUUAACGCUUCAAAUCAAGUAAGUAGUACGGUUGUAUCUCAGCGUCAUUCGCAGCAACAACAAUCAUCGCAUUUUCAAUCACAUCAACAACAAACACAGGCAACACAACAGCAUAAACAAAACAACAUGACGUCUCACAGUAAACAAGUUGGUGUCAGCGGUAAUGGAGCUACUAAUCCGCAAAGUGAUGGAGACUACCAAUUAGUACAACAUGAAGUUUUAUAUUCUACAACCCAUCAAUAUGAAGUUCUUGAAUUCCUUGGAAGAGGAACUUUUGGCCAGGUUGUGAAAUGCUGGAAAAAAGGAACCAAUGAAAUUGUUGCUAUCAAAAUUCUCAAAAACCAUCCUUCAUAUGCUCGCCAAGGACAAAUUGAGGUCUCAAUUUUGUCACGUCUCAGUCAAGAAAAUGCUGAUGAAUUCAAUUUUGUACGUGCUUAUGAAUGUUUUCAACAUAAAUCUCAUACUUGUUUAGUAUUUGAAAUGUUAGAACAAAAUCUUUACGAUUUUCUUAAGCAAAAUAAAUUUUCACCCUUACCACUCAAGUACAUAAGACCUAUUCUUCAACAAGUUCUUACGGCGUUGCUUAAACUGAAGCAAUUAGGUUUAAUUCACGCGGAUCUGAAACCAGAAAAUAUAAUGUUGGUGGAUCCAGUACGCCAGCCUUAUCGUGUGAAAGUUAUUGAUUUUGGGUCUGCCUCUCAUGUUUCAAAAGCAGUAUGCAAUACUUAUUUGCAAUCACGAUACUAUCGUGCUCCAGAAAUAAUUCUUGGUCUUCCUUUCUGCGAAGCGAUAGACAUGUGGUCCCUCGGCUGUGUUGUUGCUGAACUAUUUCUUGGUUGGCCUCUCUAUCCUGGAAGCUCUGAAUACGAUCAAAUUCGAUACAUCAGCCAAACUCAGGGCUUACCAACGGAACAUAUGCUUAAUAAUGCUAGUAAAACUACUAAAUUCUUCUAUAGAGAUAUGGAUAGUACAUAUCCCUUUUGGCGAUUAAAGACUCCUGAAGAACAUGAAGCAGAAACAGGAAUAAAAUCAAAAGAAGCAAGAAAAUAUAUUUUCAAUUGUUUAGACGAUAUUGGCCAAGUUAACGUGCCGACUGAUCUGGAAGGGGGUCAGUUACUUGCUGAAAAAGCUGAUAGACGAGAAUUUAUUGAUCUUUUGAAAAGAAUGCUAACUAUGGACCAGGUAGAACGGCGUAUAACACCCGGUGAAGCAUUAAAUCAUGCAUUCGUCACACUAGCACACUUGGUAGAUUAUGCUCACUGCAAUAACGUGAAAGCUUCCGUACAAAUGAUGGAAGUUUGUAGAAGAGCAGGUGAUUUUACAACAAGCCCAACUCAUCAUCAACCUCCUUCAGCACCUCAACCACCCCCAACUUCUCUAGUAGCAAAUUUUGUUCCAACUACAAAUGGUAGCGCAGUUACUCUUACAUUCAACAAUCAGCUCACGAAUCAAGUACAGCGAUUAGUUCGAGAGCACCGGAGUGCUCAAACAGGAUAUGAUAAUUUGUAUCAGAUAUACAGUAACAGUAGUCGAAGGGCCACGCAAUAUAGUGGAUCAACUAAUGGGUCUAAUAAUGGACGAAGUGGGGUUCAUGAUUUUUCACAUCAACUUGUACCAGGAAUUUUAUGUCCACCUCCUGGAUACCAGACGAUGGCGAGUCCGACAAAACAUGUAGUGGUAACGCAGCCGCCACAAACGCAACAAGCGCCAUUACAAAUUCAACCGUCGAUUAUUUCUCAACAAGCAGUUGCUGCAGCUACUGCAGCUGCGCAGCAGCAGUAUACGGCAGUCCCAGUAUCUAUGGUAGAAACUGGACGACAAAUGCUCCUUACGAAUGCAGUUCAAACAUCUUGGCCUACUGGAAGCCGACAAAUGACAGCUAUUGUACCAUCAUGGCAACAAUUACCACCUCAACAUGCAACGAUUCAACAACCAAUUCUCAGUGAUACUAGUGAUUGGGGACGACCUCUGAUUGUAGAUAGCUCCUCAAUAUUACAGGACCAGCGGCCUGUAUUUCCUGUAACUGAUGUUUACAAUACGAGCACUUUAAUAGACCAUCCAUCACAAACUUGGAAUAAGCGUAGUGUAACAAAACAUCAUCAGCAUCAUCUUACUGUACCUCAGCAAUCUCAACACCGACAUGACCAUAAAAAAGAAAUACAACAACUGAGUCCGGUGAAAAAGAGGGUAAAAGAAAGUACACCACCUAGUAGCUCCAGGAGAUUUUCACCAUCAAAUGGUCAAUGGCAACAAGCAAUUCAAACUCAUCAUAUUGGAAAACACCUUAUUGCUCACAACGGGGAGCAACAACAAAAUUUAGUAGCUAAACAGCAGACUAUCACUAUUCACGAUACUCCAUCUCCUGCGGUAUCAGUUAUAACAAUCAGUGAUAGUGAAGAUGAAACAAUUGGAAAGUGUACUCAACCAACUCCACGUGCUACUCAAAAUUCUCAACCAAUACAUUCAACCACUGUUCAUUCCCAUAGUAAUUCCCAUAACACUACUCGAGUUUCACGUAAAAACGUCAUUAGUUGUGUAACUGUCGGUGACAGUGAUGGCGAGGUGAGUCCUGGUAGAGCACAUGCAUAUUUGCAUCAACAAACUCAUAUACCCCAACUUCCACAAGUUCAACAAACAACUCAACACAUUAAGCAUGAACCACAGCUACAACAUCACGUUAGCUCCGGGUAUUCUCAACAAUCCCAAAAGAAACGAUUAUUAGCAAAAGUUCAAUCUGAGUGUAACAUGAUAAAUAUUGCGACAAAACCUGAACCUGGUGUGGAAUACUUGGCUCCUCACCCAUGUCAUGCACCAUCAUGCAAAGAAGCUCCAACUUAUCAGGAUGAUGCCUAUGAUAUGCAUAACUACUUAUUGCAGUAUGUAACCACCAGCAGUGCGCAUCCACAUCUUCAAGAACAGCAUAUAGUUUAUGCAACUGGUGCGGAAAAACGUGUUUCUUGGCCAACCAAAAGAACAGAAUAUAAACAUGAGUAUGUACAGCCUCCUGCUGCACAUUCCAGAGAUCACCAAAAAUGGACAGUUACUAAUCCAAUACAUCAAUAUAGGCCGCACCAGAUGGUGAAUUCAGCGUCGCAUCCAAAUCAUAAUCACGGCCAUCAUGGACAUCCAGCACAUCUAAGUCCGGGUGGUAGUGGAAGUGGUCGCAGUCCUGCUGUUGGUUCGGUAGUUGGAAGUACUCAACAUUUAGGACAACCACUUUAUCAAGAGUAUGCACAUGUGCGUUCGCGCGUACCACCUCCUGUCUAUGUUACAGCAGCACCAUCACAGAAUUCAACUGCAAUCCCGCAACAACAAAUGCCUUCCUACCAGGGAUUCACAUCUGGGUGGGUACCUAGACACCUAGUCGAUAAAUGCAUUUCGUCUCCUUUAACACUAUAUGAGUCCAGCCGUACUUUACCUCCACCAGCGCAUCAUAGUUCCACACGCCCAUUGCUCACUAGUCAUGCGACUCAUCCACUACCUGCUCAUAUGCAGCCGACUGCGGUGUACGGUUUAGCUCCUUUGUCACCUACUAAACAUCAGUAUCAGCCAUCUAGUCUCUGGUUCACUGAGUGAUUGAAAUUAUAGUAGGUUGAAAAAAUCUAUUUUCGGUACAUAAAAUGGUGACUGAAUACCUUAGGUAUCAAAUAUACAGAGAAAAGAAAUUAUUGUGUAGAAAAAUAAAAAAUUUUUUGACUCAAGAAAAUCAUUAUAUAGAUAAUAAUUAUUUUAGGCGUAGUAAAAUUUUCUUGGCUCAAGUAAAUUGUUUCUUCUGUGUAACAAUUUGAUGAAUUCAAGUCUUUUUUUUUUUUCUUUUAAGGAAAUAGAUAUUUUUCAUAGCUUUCAAAUUUUUUAAUUUUAAAUUAUAGUAUUUGUUGACUCAAUAAAAAAUUUUUUUAGAUUUCUUCAAUUUUUGGGUUAUUUAGGACCUAUGUUAAUCUACUUAAAGCUAGUUUGAUCUACAUGAGUUCAUGUAGAUUUGAUAAUCGAAAAAAUUUAUAAAUUUCUCUAUCUUAGUAGAUCUACUCUGAUUGGUGCUACAACUAAAUGCUUAUGGAAAAAAUAUCUGUAGGCAAAAUAUUCGUAGGAUUAAUAUACGCAUGAUCAGAUCACUUCGUGCGAAAAUUUCCGUCUGACAAAAUAACCGCGAUAACAUAUUUGAUGGAGACUUUGUACUUCUAUAAUUGGACUUAAGAUUAAAGGUAUAAGAUAUAAAAAUUUUAAAAAGUUGAGUUUUUCAAAUUAUAAUUUUUAAAAUUUGAAAUGCUCUUUUCUAUUAUAAUUAUAAAAUUGGCAUGAAACAUUCAAUAGUGAUGUUCUGAAAUGUAUAACAUUUAUGAUCAUAUCUUGAUAAAAAGUAUACAAUACAUUUUUUUUAAACUUAGCACAUGUCAAGACGGUGAACUCUCGAACUCAAAAUCUAUUGCGUCGGGUUUUUUUU